UCGGAUGCGAGCGAGAACUGGUUCUCUUAUCCUGUGAAACCGUCAUCAUAAAUUCAUAUAUCAUCAGCCUCAGCCAUGUCUUCUUCGCUCUUGCACCUCCUCUUCCUUCCACAACUACGAUCUUCGAUAGUGCUUUCUCAGAUUCUUCCUUCGUGGUAACCGGUCGAAUCAUGGAGCCCAUGGACAUUGUUGGCAAGUCAAAGGAAGACGCUUCGCUUCCUAAAGCAACAAUGACAAAAAUUAUUAAAGAGAUGUUACCCCCAGAUGUACGUGUUGCAAGAGAUGCCCAAGAUCUAUUGAUUGAGUGUUGUGUAGAGUUUAUAAACCUUGUCUCGUCAGAAUCCAAUGAAGUUUGUAACAGAGAGGAUAAACGGACAAUUGCACCUGAGCAUGUAUUGAAGGCUCUACAGGUUCUUGGAUUUGGUGAGUAUGUUGAAGAAGUUUAUGCAGCAUAUGAACAGCACAAGCUGGAGACCAUGCAGGACUCUUUAAGGGGUGGUGGUAAAUGGAGCAAUGGAGCUGAGAUGACUGAGGAAGAAGCAUUAGCAGAGCAGCAAAGGAUGUUUGCAGAGGCGCGUGCUAGGAUGAACGGUGGAGCCAUUGCUUCCAAGCAGCCAGAUGCUGACCAAAGUUUAGAUAGCUAACUUUAGGAUCUUCAUUGAAGCAUAGACAAAGCACCACCCUGACUCCUGUCUGUGCUUCCAAUGAGCUCGAUGGUGUACAAAAACCAUUCACUAGUUUGCUGGCCCAUGUGGAUGUGCUCAUUUGUAUUCUUUCGAUAAAUCCAUAUUUGUAAGUCAAUGUAAUUAGUGAGAGAUCAUGAAAACCCUCCCGUUUAGCAUUUACUUGUAAUUAUUUAAUUUACGUUUUUGUAUCUUCUACAUACUAACAACUCCUAGCUUGAUUCUGACAGUAGCUACUAUGUUAGAUUGUAACAAAUUAUUAAAUAUGUAGAAGCAAUAGUGCUCUGUUUAUUUGUUACCUUGAUGAAUACGGGAAAUCUUGAAACUGAGGCAUAUCAGUUCAACCUCAGUCAGUUGUUUGUA